GCGGCGGUGUUGCUGUAAAGGUGUACUUGACUUUGACUGUCUCUCAUUAUUACAAAUCCAGGCGAACUCAUUUCAUAUGGAUCACUGCAAGGAACAACAAGAAGCAAUGAAGGCGAAUGUUACUCUUGACGUGUCUUCUCCGAAAGCAAAGGAAAAAGAGCAUUUAGUCAAAAAAACUUCUGAUUACAAAGUGAGAAAGCCUAUGGAUUUGGAACCUCAAUCGCCUCUAAUGUUGACACUUGUGAGGAAGACCCUGAAUGGGAUCCAUAUUGAUUCCAACAAUGACGAUUGUAGCCCCCAAACACCCAAGGAUGUUUUCGACCCUUUUGCUCCCGGUUCUGAAGACAUGGUUCGUGCACCUCUCUCUCGCAAGUAUCAUGAAGAAGAGAGCAAACAUGCUGCUCGCAAACUUCACUUUUAUUCCUCCACUCACCAUUCUGAAUCUGUUUCAGACAAAAAGCAUUAACUUCUGCAAUAGCUUUUGCUUUCGUAGUAACUUGUUGCUUUGAAUAAUUUUAUAAUUUUCCAGGACACCGCUAAUAAAUAGAUGUAACAUUAGCAGUAGCAACAUUUCAAAGUGUACUGUACACAAAUAUUUGAUGUUAUAUUGUUUUCUACGAUUGAAUACUCUUUGGUGCUAAAUAAAUCAUUUCUUGGUUUAUGCACUCUGCAUUAAUUUUUUGCUGUAUGUUUUUAAUAUCAUACUGUAUUGUUUUGUUUGAGAAUGUUUUUAAUAUCAUAUAUGUUUUUUGUUCAAGCAAAUCAUGGGAGUGUUAUACACUUAUACUAGCUGUGAAAAGGAGUGG